AUGAUCAGUAGAUUUGUAGAGAUGGUAACAUUAAUAAGUCCAUUACUACUCGAAGAUUAUACUGCUCCUGUGAUGCCAACUGUAAUUGAAAUGGAUACGCUCAAACAAUUAUUGGAUUUAUUAAAACCAUUAGAAUUUGUGACGAAAGAAUCUUCUGGGGAAAAUUAUAUUAAAAUUUCCAACCUUAUACCAAUGAUUAGUUGCUUUCUAAAACAAUUGACUCAAAUUAAACCACACUUUGAGGUAAUUUGUGAAAUUAAGGACUUAUUGCAUGCUGAACUGACUCGAAGAUUCGGAAUGAUUGAACAGGUCAAACCAAUUGCAAUUGCUACACUUCUAGACCCAAGAUUCAAAAAUGUAGAUUUUAGUGAUCCAGUAGCCUGUUCACAUUUAUGA